AUGAACUUUCAUGCGUAUCGAAGUCGGAAGACACGUGGUGCAGUCGAAACCGGAAAACGGUCUGUGGCAUUAAACUAUGGAGAAUGCAAAACAGACUUGAGUUUCCAACAAAACCUGGCACUCUACAGCAUCAGCCGUGGUAGUCAGGUAUUUUCUUACGGCUGUCGAUUGGCUCCUCCUUUGACUCGAAAACGCGGACACACACAGAAUUCCGACCUCUCGCGGUUGGUGUGUUUGGGAGUUUUAGAUCAUUUUAAUGGGGCUUGGGUCUUCGAUCUUCUGGUUUAUGACGCUUUAACUGAUGAUUCACCUUGGAAGUCGCUGUUACGCGUGCCAAUCCACGAAAACGACCAAGAAAUCCAAAUUCUGGAAUCACAGUACCAUUGCAAAUAUAAUAAUAUACAUAUUCAACAUACCUCAACGGAUUCUCCUCCGCGGUACAAUUACCAGCCUGAGGAUAAAGCGCAGUUCACUUCGCCUCAAAAUCGAUAUCGUCACAACCAAGCGGAUAUCGACGGCGAGCAACCGCAAAAAUCACAAUGUCCGAUCAAAGUCCGUAAGAGUUAUAAAAAUAGUUCAGUAAAACAAGGAGGUUUCAGUUCAUCUGGCCAAGGGGAAUCAGUAUGGGGAUUGGCUGUCACUUGGGGUUGGAAACGGGAGCACACUGUUGACAAGCUGUCUUCUACACCGCCACCCAAAACCCCAGCGGAUUUUCCUCCAUCAAGCUAUGGUCAUUCCUGGCUCAAAUAUUUUACUUACCCCAAGUUCCGAGUGGACUUACACCAGUACGCCAAACGGGAAUUGCUCACGCGCCAACUCCCAGUGGUCUCUCUGUAUGCGAUGAGUUCGAAAACCCAUCUCCCACCUGCGGAGAGUUGA